CAUACGCAAUCCCUGGAUGGGUGGUUGCCAUGGAUUCCUGGGUCACAUGCGUGGGUUUCCUGUAGCCAGAAGCAGCAGAAGAUGCUUGGACGCAAAAUCCAGAGCCAUUUUCAUUCAAGAAAACGAGAGGAUCCGCUGUGGAUGGCUCGCUGACUGACUGGGUGGCUCUGACUACACCCGUCUGCUUAUUUUGGGGCUUUUUUCCAUCUCAUCUGUGUGUUUUUGACCAUUUUGAAAAAUUUGCAGCAAACCGGUUUUGUCCACAUCCAUAGACUGAUAACAGGAAUGAGUAUAGAAAUUCCUGAAGGACUGACGGAGCUGUUACAGAGCUUUACCGUGGAAGUGUUGAGGAAUCAGCCCAGGGAUUUGCUCGAGUUUGCGUUACAGUACUUCACCCAGCUGAAGGAGCGUGAAACCAAAGAGGCCUCUUUUGGCAAUGACCAAAAUUCGGCCCCAAGACCUGGAAAAGCGGUCAAUUUCAUUGACGAAGCCAUGCAGAUCGAUUCUGAAAACGGAGAGGAGGAGGAGGAGGACGACGAUGACGAGGAAUUCAUAGCACCGGUGAUAAACAGAUUCAUCAGAAGAGCAUCAGUGUGUGCUGAAGCGUUCAAUCCUGAUGAAGAUGACGAGGAGAAAGAGCCACGGGUCACCCACCCAAAAACCGAUGAGCAGAGACAGAGACUACAGGAAGCAUGUUGGGACAUUCUUCUGUUCAAGAAUUUGGAUCCGGAGGAGAUGUCUCAGGUGCUUGAUGCCAUGUUUGAGAAGUUCUGUACUGAAGGGGAGCACAUCAUUGAUCAAGAUGACGAUGGGGACAACUUUUAUGUUAUUGAGAGUGGGACGUUUAACAUUUUCGUGAAGGUCGAAGGCACAGAGAAGCUGGUAGGCAGCUAUGACAACCGAGGCAGCUUUGGAGAACUGGCGCUGAUGUACAACACCCCCAGGGCAGCCACAAUAAUCGCCACCUCGCCUGGAGCCCUUUGGUGCCUAGAUCGUCUGACAUUCAGGAGGAUUAUAGUGAAGAACAAUGCCAAGAAAAGGAGGCUGUAUGAGGCAUUCAUUGAAACGCUACCACUGCUUACAUCAUUAGAGCUCUCCGAGAGAAUGAAGGUAGUGGACGUAAUAUCCACCAAGGUGUACAGUGAUUCACAGCAGAUUAUUGCUCAGGGUGAUUUAGCAGAUUGCUUCUACAUUGUCGAGUCUGGCCAAGUUAGAAUCACCAUGAAGAGAAGCAGGACGAAAAAAGACCAGGAGGAUGAGGAGGUGCAUAUUGCCACAUGCACUAGGGGCCAGUAUUUCGGGGAGUUGGCGCUUGUCACAAACAAGCCCAGAGCUGCAUCAGCCUACGCUGUGGGAAGCGUCAAAUGCUUGGCCAUGGAUGUCAAAGCAUUCGAGAGAUUGCUGGGCCCGUGCAUGGACAUCAUGAAGAGGAACAUUGCCAACUAUGAGGAGCAGCUGGUGACCCUGUUUGGCAGUAGCGCUGAGAUUGAGCAACAAAGUGCAUGAGACAGCUCCAAUGGACCAUGAAUCAAUCGGUGGAUGAAAAAAAACAAAAACAAACAAAGAGGCUUGUAUGGAUGUUUUUCCCCCACAAUCACUUAAAAAGCUUUUCUUACAACAAAUGUGAAUAUCCACUACAACAUUCGUGUGUCAGAUAAAUUAAACAGACUACUCCAGAAUCCCCUGCGAGACAAGGUUCAUUUAGUUUGCCACAGAGUGUUUUGAUGAAAGUCAGCCAACACAGAGUUGCUUAUUAAGCUUGUUUGAAUUAGAUUUCUCACGUCUCUCACCUUAAAAACGUAAGCGCACAUUUUACUCGUCAGUGUCAGGCACAUUAUUUGUUUGUAUAUUGAACACUUUUGUUAACGCUCACCUUUUCGCCACAGUGUUACAGUUACACCUACAAUAUAAGAUCAUUUGUAAAUUUCUAAACAUCGGAUGCCAAAGCUAAUUUCUUACUGGAUAAUUAUGAGCAAAUCUGUCACAAUCUCUUCAUUUCUCGUCAUUUUUGGCAGCAUGAGGCGCACCGGUGCAAAAGUGCCCCAACAUGGAGGAGGAAUAACAGUUUAUAAAAUAAGUAUUUCACACUUUGAUCACAACAGAAUGUAGACUUGGCAGUAUUUUAACAUUUUUACAAAGUACAUUUCUGUUCAUCACAAGAUUUAAUCCCUUGGACACGUGUUCAUAAACUGUAUAUCAUUGUUGGUAAGUGUGUUCGUGGCUGUUAGCCUUAUACUAUGCUUUUGCAAAAAAGAAAAAAAAACUUCAGAGAGAUAGCUGAUAGUUUUGUAAGAAUAUACAACACAUUGCUGUACAAUUUGAAACUGAGUAUUUACUGUUAUUAUAUAGGCCCAGCUUUAAUUGAAUAAGUUGCCCCACUAGACUGUAGUCAUUAUAGGCAGGCAGUGUGUUGAAACAGUUAAUUUUCCUUGCGUUUUAAUGUAAAAUUUAAAUCAUAUUGUUUUCGUGUCGGUGAAAUCAUGAUUAUGGCAUCCAUUAUUGCUGUCUACCUCCGCCAACAACUUAUACUGUUUGGAAACACAUACUAUGAUGUUCCCUCUGAACAGGAAUCUAAAGUGGGUCUUCUCUCUCUCUUCUUCUCUCUCUCUCUCCAUUUUUUUAAAUCAAUAAUUGAAGUCUUCUGUAUUUUCUCUGUGGUUUACUGCAGCUUAAAAUGUUUAAAGCUGGUUUAACAUUUAAACAGUCUGAAUUUAUCUCCCCCCUUUGUGCAGGUAGUGCUGGUAAUUUUUGAAGGCAAACCCCAUAAUACUGGCUGAAAGUACUGUAUGUUUCACUUUUCAUGUCAAUAAAGAACAUUUUUAUA